AUGGCUGUUAGAGUCUCAGUCACUUUUAUCUCCCUUCUUCUGCUUCUUCAUUCUACGCUUGGCAUUGCCGUGGACUUCAGUUAUCCAGCAGUCUUCAACUUCGGAGACUCUAAUUCUGACACCGGAGAACUUGUUGCUGGACUUGGAGAUAGCCUAGCGCUGCCCUAUGGGGAAAAUUACUUUAAGACCCCUGCUGGGAGGUUCUCUGAUGGUCGACUCAUCAUUGAUUUUCUAAUGAAAGCAAUGGACCUACCCUUUCUUCAUCCAUAUUUGGAUUCUAUCGGCAUCCCGAGUUUUCUCAAGGGCUGCAACUUUGCUGCUGCUGGCUCGACGAUACUUCCAGCAACAACAUCAUCAGUGAGCCCAUUUUCCUUCAGGAUUCAAGUUUCUCAGUUCCUUCGAUUCAGACAGCGGGUUCUUGAAUUGCAGGCUCAAGGGGCUUGA